ACGCAGAAGGUCCCCCUACGAAGCCGGCAAAAAUCAACCUCAAUGCCGCUGACGGAGUUUUCGGCGCCUUCCAAUUGCAUCGCUCCACGUGUCCCCUAAUGGGAUACCCGCCCGACGGACGCCGUCAAAUCAAACCCCCGCCCCUCCCCCUUGCCGUCAGUUCAACCAUUUCUGAAAUUAUAAUAAUCAUACACAAGGAAAAAAGCGUCCGCAUAUCGCCGGUCAUGCCAAAACUUUAUGAAACCCUAAUUUCGUUCUCUCGCUCUCUCUCCCCUUCUCUCUCUUUAUCUGUUUCCCUGCAAUUUGGCAAGUCGGCGGUGGAAAAUUAUGGAAGCUGACGACAAGAUCCAGUCGCCUCGCUCGCCGGCCAGCGAAUCUCUGGGUUCGCCGCGAACCAACGGUCGGAUCACGGUCACGGUGGCUGCACCGGCGCCGUCGCCUCCCCAAAACAGCUUGGCACUGGCGCUUCCGGUCCAGCACCAGCAGCCGAAGGGUAAUGGUGGUGGUGGAGGAGGGAGGGAGGAUUGCUGGAGUGAAGGAGCGACGGCGGUGUUGAUCGACGCGUGGGGUGAGAGGUACUUGGAACUGAGCAGGGGGAAUCUGAAGCAGAAGCACUGGAAGGAGGUUGCGGAUAUCGUGAGUAGCAGGGAAGACUACAGGAAAACCCCCAAGACUGAUAUUCAGUGCAAGAAUCGGAUCGACACUGUGAAGAAGAAGUACAAGCUGGAGAAGUCCAAGAUCGCGGCUGGUGGUGGUCCUAGUAAAUGGCCGUUCUACGAGAGAUUGGACCAGUUGAUCGGCCCGACUGCGAAAAUUUCUGGGUCUGGCGGCGGCGCUGCCGCCGGAAAUAACACGGCGAACAGUUUGUCAACUCAGAAAGUGCCUCUGGGAAUUCCUGUAGGAGUUCGUGCUGUGAAUCAGAAUCCAUAUCAGGCUCAUCAACGACUUCAGAAGCCCCAGCUUCGGAUGAAGACGCCAAGCCAGAAGAUACAGUUGCGAAAGCGUGCUCCAGUUAACUCAGAUUCGUCGCCAUCUGAGAGAGAAUCGUCACCUGUUUCGAGUGAUAGUUUUCCACCUGGUACAUAUGAGACGAAGAGACCUAGAAUGCCAAGAGUGAUCAAUUCUGAUGCUAUGCCUGUGGAAACGAAGAAUAAAGGUUGGGGAAGUGCUAUAAGGGAAUUGACGCAGGCGAUACUGAAAUUUGGGGAAGCAUAUGAAAAAGCAGAGAGCUCGAAGAUUCAGCAGGUUGUGGAAAUGGAGAAGCAGAGGAUGAAAUUUUCCAAGGAGAUGGAAUUGCAGAGAAUGCAGUUCUUCAUGAAGACCCAGCUGGAGUUAUCGCAGCUGAAGCGUGGUAAGAGAGGAGGAGGAGGAGGAGGAGGAAACGCCAGCAACAUCAACAGUAACAUUAACAAUCAUAGUGACAGUGAUAACCUGGUUAGAUUGGAUUAGACUGUUCUUUGGAACGCUCGUUAUUGUAGUUUUAAGUGUAUUUGUAAAUUUAUCCCUUAACUGUAUCUGUAAAUUUAUCCCUUAAAAAGACGAGGGAGCGAAUUGUUGGUGCUAUUUUAAAUUCGAUAUUGGAAGAUCGGAUUACGCAAUCGAA